AAGACUAUAACAAUCAUCUGACCCACGACCAAAAGUUUCCUCAAUUUCUUUUAUGUCACAAUAAGCUAGUAAUUAACAAAGCCAAAUAGCGAAAAAAACUCUCUCUAUCUCUCUCUCUCUCUCCAAAUCUUUAAUUCGCCAUUUUCUGCUCCCACAAAGCAAAGUUAUGGAAAACCAGAAAAUCUUAGUGAUGAGUGGUGGUCAGAAUGGGAGUGGUGGUGGACCUUGUGGUGCCUGCAAGUUCCUUAGAAGGAAGUGUGUAAAGGGUUGCAUUUUUGCACCAUAUUUUGACUCGGACCAAGGCACCGCUCACUUCGCCGCCGUGCACAAGGUGUUCGGAGCCAGCAAUGCUUCCAAAAUGCUUCUCAGAAUUCCGCCGCACAAACGCCUCGACGCCGUGGUUACUCUUUGUUAUGAGGCUCUUGCUAGGGUUAAGGAUCCUGUCUAUGGUUGCGUUGGCCAUAUCUUUACUCUUCAGCAACAGGUUGUUAAUUUGCAGGCGGAGUUGGCGUACAUUCAAGCUCGCAUAUCAACUUUGCACCGGCUUCCUCCACCACCACCUCCUCAACCACCAAGUCUUUCCUCUUCCAACAUUCAGUCCUCAUCGGGGUUGGUGUGCAGUUCUAACAUAAUGACUCAUUUCGAUACCUCCCAGUCCGAGGAAACAUCAACAGAAAUGGCAAGCUUUUGUAAUGCAGUUGAUGAGGGACUUGAAGAUGGUGAUCUCCAGUCCCUUGCCAGGGACUAUGUUUCUAGAUGCUUAAAUGGAAUUAAAUUCAGGCCUUCCACUUCGCAGUGAAACCCUUUUAACCAAAUAUUCGAAUAAUUUAGAACCUUAAUGAGAAGUAAUUACAUUGUAUCUUUUAUGGAUUAGUCUGAAUUCUGAACUUGCUUUA